AUGAGCAACUGCAAUUUUUCUUCUUUCUGGUGUUGCCUUUCUGCAGAUCCAGCCAUUGAGUUUCGUCAUAGUAAUAUUGAAUCUGCUGGAGAUUUGCUGUGGACAGAUGUAUUUAUUCAAGUGGACAGAACAACAAUAUUAGAUAAUGACUACCUCAAAAUUACGAAAUCAGGAGAAACAAUAUCACCUGAAACAAAAAAGUAAUUAAUAAAAAGAUACAAAAUUGUGAGGGACCAAGGAAAUACGUCAGGUGUUACAAGAGUUUAUUUGCCAGCUGAGGCUGGAAGCUAUGAUAUUUAUUAUAACUUUUUAUUGAUAAUAAACACUUUAGUUUUGAAAACUUAAUCUAGUUUUUUGCUUGAUAAUAUUAAAAAAUAAUUCAAGAAAAGUAAAAUAUAUUAAGGGUAUAAUGCUUAGUCUUUUUUAUAUAAGUAUAUAUUAGAGACCUGAAAUACCGUGCCCGAGUUUUUGGAAAGCACCUUAUAAAGAUAAGUCCAAUACUUAUCUCAAGCGAAAAUAAAUGGUGACGUAUGGAAGAUGGACUCCGAGACACGCUCCCUAUGAGCAGUAGGUCUGUCCCGAUCAAGAUGAAAAUAAUGUCUCUUUCACUUUUUGAAAUAGGCCUUCGGGUUUGGGGAUGCCUACAAAAGAGGGAAGUUUUGUUUCUCCUCCGAAAGUUUUCCCUGUCUCUGUUAGAUGGGCUAGACAGGUUUUUUCUCUGCUUAGUCUUUGCAUAUCGGACUAGCAGGCAUCCGCAAGAGGUAGCUCUUCCUAGGAAACUAAUUCUUAUUCUAGGUGGGAGUAUAUGCCAGAUACCCAUGCAGUGGUCUAUCCGCUUAUGGCUUAUAAUUUUAUCAUUAUUUCAAGCUUCCAAGACCUUAAAUAUGAAAAAGAAAUAAAGCGCCAGCAAUAUCCCAACCAUCUCCAAGUUUUAUUUAAAAAAUCAGGGUCAUUAUUUACAGUACCUGAAGCCAGCAGUCCAGGACGUGACGAGUCAUUAAAAAGCAGCAUCAACCCAUCUCGAGUUGGCACUGAAGAAUACCCAUUUGAAAUUACUCCAAAAAACAGCAUGUAUAAUAAAUUAACUCUUUUAUAA